AUGCUCAUUCCUGAAUUAAUUUGUUUGGUUCUAUUUUCCUUUUGCUCUCUCCAUACUCUCUCUCUCUUAUUGCUUCCACUGACCUUUACUCCUCUUCCCUCAACCCCUUCCAGACUGUCUUCAUUAUUACUCCUACUUUACUUUCAUUUCAUCCUCCCUGCCAUCCUUAACUUGCUAAAUGCUCCUACUGUCCUUUUCUUCCAAAGCUCUCUUUACACAACUUCUGCUGGCCUCCUCCCCUUCUUUAUUACUCCCACUGUCUCUACUCUUUUGCUCUCCUUCCAUUCCCCUCUCUCUUCUUUAUUGAUCCACUCUCCUCCUUCCCUCUUUCUGGCCUCAUUUCCUUAUCACUCCUGCUGUCCUUUACACUUCCCUCUUGUUGACAUCUUCCUUAUUACUCCUGCUCUUUUUACCUCUACUCCCUCUUUACACGACUUAGCCACCUUACUGCUCCCACUACUCUUUACCCUUGCACCGUCUUUCCAUAUCCACUUCUGA